AUGUCCAACAAUCGCCAGGAUACAUUCUCGCGCAUUCCAUGGAUGCACGACCAACCAUCGAAACUGCCCGUUGUCCGACGCGUGCCGACUCUCGGCAUGGCGCAACAAUCUGCUACACCCGCAUCGCCUAAGGAUAAUGCGAAGGCCCAGUCAACAGAAAAGGUCCGCGAACGGGUGCCGGCCAGUGUUUCCUCCUCGUAUGCAUCAGAAGCAGAGGAUGAUUCCGACUCUGAGGUGAUGGACAUUUUGGAUGAUCAACUCCAGAUCAUGCUGAUACCAGCCUCCGCUGCAAGUUGCAAAGACACCAGCAUACACUUUCUCUUGGAUGUGGCCGACGACAUCGAAGGUCACCUAGAGGAGGUGUCGCGCUUGAAACGGUGGGGCCAUUUCAACGAGGCAAUCGAAUACUUUGCAGCACAUCUAGAAGUUCACCUGGACCUGCCGCUGGUCGUCCUUGAAUAUGUCGACCUGCUACUCGAACAGGGCUCUUACCAGCAAUUGGUUCCUUUCAUAUCGAAUCAACAGUUGAACCCUCCUCAGAGCCAAAAAUGUCUUCCCCUCAGCAGUGAGGAGAAUGGCCCAGACCUCUAUCAGUUACACUCUGAACUACUUGGGCUACGCAUGCGGCUGCCCUUCGAAAGCCUUUCAGUGGAGGACUUGGAAGUCUUGCAAACCGACUCCUUCAAUGAAUACCUCGACAAGCGUGCCAAUUCUCGGCAUGUGGACCAUCCCCAGAGCGAUCGGGGGAUACCGUUUGACUCAACUGAGGUAUCACUAUACGAUCCAAGCAAAAGCGCUCUCAUGCAGACCUCUGACUAA